AUGGAGGGCCGCAUCUAUAUCACAAUCGAUGACGAAGAUGACGAUGGAGACACCCACUGGGAAUCCUCGACUUUUGCGCCUCGUGUAGCGCGAGAGAAGGAACCCUCUCUGUUCGAUUCUUUGGGCGACCGGUACAAGUACUCAGACCCAAAAGUGAAGCUCGAGUCUCAAGAAACUCCAAUGGAGACUAUUUUCGAGCGCGCACCCGAUACUGAAAACGACGAUCAAGAAGAGCCCCAAGCCUCGCGGGAAGAAGAAAGCCCAACGAGCCAGGUUGACCAAGCCAUGCCGGACUUUGAGGCUCAAGACCAAGAGAAGUCGCAAAACCUGGACGAAGAGGAAACUUCGAAGGACGAAGUCGAUCAAACUAUGCCAGACAUUGAGGCUGAAAGCCAUGAAGAGCCUGAAGUCUUGCCUGAAGAAGAGCCAUCAGAGGAGUCGUCAGAGGAGCAGCCUGAUCAAGCGAUGUCAGAUACUGCGGCCGAGGGCCUGGGAGAGUCUCCGCGCCUAGUCGAAGAAGACUUUUCAAAGGAGCCAGUCAACCAUGCCAUCCCAGACAUUGGAACUCAUGACCAAGGAGAGCCCGAAGGCCCAGUUGACGAGGAAUCUCUCUUUUUCCAGGACGAAGAAGAUGAAGUAGACGCAGAAAUUGAACAAGAGCUUCCUAGUAAUACCACCCUGGAAGAUAAUCAAGCUGCCGAUAGCUUCGGUGAGGGACCUACUUCACCUCAAGUGGGCGAUCGUGCUACCAAUUUUGGGCACAAAGUGUCCACCUCCGGCCAAUUCAAGUUUGCGGGUGAUCUUUCAGACAGCGAAGAAGAACAAAACGAUGAGCAACAAGAUACGACAGAAAACCUGGGCAGCGAAAAUCCAGAUGAAGAGGAUGGUACACGCGGAGACGAGGGGACUGAAGAUUACGAGGAGCACUUUGGCGAAGGGUUUGACCAAGAUUUUGGCGAAGAUCAAGAGGAGGAGGAGGCACAACCAGUCGAUGAAGAAGUAGAGGGUGACGAUCAAGUCCCUGAUCACCAAGAGAAUUCUGGCCAAAGGCCAGACGAAGGCGAUGACGGGAGUGAAUACGAAGACACAGACUCUGAAGAGGAAUCAGACAACGAAAGCGCCAAUGCAAUGAAGACUCCAGCUUCUGAUGCCAAGGUCCCACGCGGCAAAAAAGCCAAGUCAAAAAACAAGGACCCAACGACGGCUUUCUUUGCACUAACAGCCAGGGAGUACUUCAGACGCAAGAAGGUGGCUGCAGAAGCCAAAACAGCCGGUGUGAAGCGGAAGUCUGAAACGCAAAAGUCGGCACCACCUAAAAGAAAGAAAUCGGCGAACCAGACGGGAUGGAGGGACAACGAGCCCUGCAUGAGGCUCGCUAAGAAGUUUCUCGAGACCGAGGACUUGCCCAAUGCUGCCAGUCAAGGGUCCCUGCCGAGCUUCGGAUCGAUAAAAGCUACUACACAAGCAGAUCAAUUCGCGCAGAUCAAAGCGAAGCUUCCUAAACACGGGGAUACUCGUCGUAUGGCUUCUCAGAACAAGGAUCUGAAAAUGGCUGUGAAGAGCUUUGGAUAUAAAAGGAUGCUCGCAGAUAAUGGACUCUGGGCUCAUAAAGAUAUGGAGACUAGUCUCUUUAACUACCAAGUCACGAUCACAUCUUGGAUGAUGGAGCGUGAAUGCUCCGGUUCCUCUCCCCUUGGUGGAUUGAUUGGAGAUGAAAUGGGAAUGGGCAAGACUCUGGUCAGCCUUGCUUGUGCUGUUGGCCAUCCUCCAGAAGCUGAGGAUAUCGAGGAAUUCUGCAAAGCUACUUUGGUAAUUGUGCCGAACAAAAUGGUUGCUCGCCAGUGGGUGGAUGAAAUCAGGAAGCAUUGCAAAGAGCAUAUCCGGAAUCUGGCUUGCAUUUACCGAUUCGGAGAUGAUUGCGCGCUAGACUUCUACAAAGAGAAGUUCUUUGUGCUUGCAACUUAUCGCGACAUUAUGCAUCAGCAUCCUGGCAUAGCCAAGGUUCAAGAAUGGAAAGAGAAAUAUGAAGACGACAAAGUGUCGUUCAAUCGCGAGUUCAGCAAAGCUGCUGGAGACCUUUUCAAGAUUGAUUGGUACCGAAUCAUACUUGAUGAGGCCCACCAGAUCAAGAACGUCAAAGCUCACAAAUUCUUCCCGUAUCUUAAGUUUCUGGGUUGCCCGUUCACUGAUUCAUCCUUAAAUUUCCACAACAAGUUCGUUGACGGAUUCCGAGGCAAGGAAAAUUUCGACGCCCUCGCCGGAUUAGUUAUGUACAGGAGGACAAAAAAAGACUCCUUUUUAGGACACAAGAUUCUUGAUCUCCCGGGCAAGCACAGUGAGGAUAUCUGGGUCUCCAUAACCCAAGAGGAGCAACUUAUCUACGAAGCCGUCUUUGAGCAUUACGAUAAGGCCAUCCGCCAAAUGAAGGCCAAAGAAAAAGAGAAGGGCUAUCUCACAGACAGGGAGAAGGAUCAGCUGUCCGAAAUCUACCUCGCUCAAUCCACCAGGCUUCGACAAACUGUGUCACAUCUCUUCGACAUAGAGCGUUUUUUUAGGGAAUCCAUCAAAGACGUCGAAUUGGAGUCUCUCAUGGAGAUUCUCAAUUCAAUAUCCGGGAAGGCAAAAUUGAUCGAUAAUCUGAAGCACCAAGAAGGAGUCGCGGGCUAUUCUCUAGGCUUGAAGAAACUGGAAGGACAGAAGGCCAACGUCUUUGGAGGCUCAUUUACUCUCGCAAACUUUCUCAAGAUAUCUCGGAAUGAGGUUCGGGUAAGAAGAAAGAGCUGCCGAUGCCUGAUUUGCAACAAAGACGAUAUGCCCAAGGAGCCCAUGAAGAGCUCCCCUUGUGGGCACAUUUAUUGCAUGGCAUGUCUUUGUAACAAGGUUGACGCAGAACGUGCCCGUGGAGGGGUGAAAUGUCUGCACACGAGUUGCACACAGCCCCUCAUGGCAGGAUGUACUGUCGACCUUUUUGACGGCAUCAUGACCAAGGCCAAAGACGACAAGAACUAUAAGGAGCCAGGUGAGGACAGCGUCGGCGCACGGAUCGCCAGAAAGAAGGAAGCAAAUGGUUUUUUUACCGCAUCUUGCUUCCAACCCAAACAAUUUGGGAUGCCCCCUAGCACAAAGUUGACUGCGGCUUUAUCCGUGAUCUUGACAUGGCAGGAGAAUCACCCAGAUGACAAGAUUUUAGUUUUCACCCAGUUUGUCAUGUCUGGAAAGAUUUUGGGCUACAUGCUGGGCCAGCUCGGGAUGGAGUUCCUCUAUCUUUAUGGCAGCAUCGAUGAUCGCGGGCGAAAGAAGGCCAUUGACGCUUUCAAGGCAGAACCCAAUAAGAAGAUUAUGAUUGUCGGGCUGAAGUGCGGCGGCCAGGCGUUGAACCUGACAGCAGCAAACCGAGUUAUACUUAUCGACCCCUGGUGGAACAACGUCCAAGAGAAUCAGGCCUUUGGUCGCGUAUGGAGACAUGGACAGACCAAGGAGACACAUUUGGUUCGCAUAUGGGCAAACACGCCUAUGGAUCAACAUAUUUUCGAGCUCCAGAACGACAAGGCAGCGUCAGUGGACUAUGCUCUGCAGGAUGAUAACCACAAGCCUGCAGUCCUGGACGACGGAAGGCUGCAGCAACUCUUUGCACCCAUCCAUAGAGUAAAGCCGAAGGCGGCAAAGCAGAAGAAAAAGUGA